AAAGCUUUAGGUCCAUGUUUCUUUCUUUCAGUUCAUGCAAAGAGGGUUGGAUUCAGAAACUAAAAAGCAGCUUGAAGAGGAGGAGAAGAAGAUAAUUAGUGAGGAACACUGGUACCUGGAUCUACCCGAACUCAAGGAAAAGGAGAGUUUUAUAAUAGAAGAAAGAAGCUUUAUGCCAUGUGAAGACCUACUGUAUGGCAGAAUGUCCUUUAAAGGGUUCAAUCCAGAAAUUGAGAAGUUAAUGAUCCAAAUGAACUCUAGGUGCAAAAAAGAAGAAAUUGAAGCAGAUGAUAAAAUGGAGGCUGAUGUAUCAGAUGAAGAAAUGGCCAGAAGAUAUGAAUCUUUAGUAGGAACAAUAGGGAAGAAAUUCUUGAAGAAAAGAGACCGCCAUGAAUUACAGGACGAGGAUGAAGAUGAGAAUAGUAAUUUGAAACCUAGCAAUGUUAAGAAAAUGUUCUUAAAACCUCAGGAUUAAUGUGAAACUGUACUACUGGAGCUAAUAGAAAUGUUAUUUACCAAGUUCAGUAACAUGAACUGGGGUUGCUUGUUUUCUGUUAUAUAACAUAAAAUAAUAUAUAUUUGAAAUUUCUGCUGUCCACAUGACAUCUUUUCAAAGUGGAUGCAUACACAAUGGAUGUCGUACAUCCUUUCCUUUUUUGAGCAUAUUUUAUUGAGUACGGGGCUGUGAGCCUCACAGCUCUUUAAUGUUAUGCCUAAGUAUAGAAUGGCUGUCACAUGUAGUUAGGAGUAACAGCAUUUUGAUCAUAACUGAAAGCCAGUAUUUGAGCUGAAGAUGAGCUAUGGCCAAUUUUAUAAAGCAAUCUAGCUUUCAUUGCUUUUUUUAUUGUAUAAAAUGAAAUCCCUUUACACUUUUAAAAUUGAAAACAUAACAAACUUACAUUUCUUCAACAGUUCUAAAAAUGAAUAGUAGAAGGAGCACAGAUUAAAUCCAUUUAAUUGAAUUCUUUUAUAAAGUGUUUUAAAAAGUACUUUUUUGUAGCAGAAGCAUUUUUUCCCUAAAACAAGCUAGAUGUUUAUAUUGGGUGACAUUUUCAGUUUGACAAAAUUGGACAGAUCAUGAUUUUUAACCUCCUUCCUGCAAAAAGUUAGUCAAUCUUGUUUGUUUGCUUUUUUUCCUGUUCUGGAAAAAAAAAUGUGAUUUUUUUUUUUUUUGUAAACAUCUAAGGUCUGUGACCAUGGCAUAAUGACUGCUUCAGGAACCAUGUCUUAAAAUCAAAUAAAAAGUUCUGAUUUAA